AUGCGAAAUUUCCCUACAAUUGUUGUUUUGUCCCUUUGGUUCGAGGGCGACUUUGAUGCUGUUGUUGCUGGUCUCGAAGAACGGCACAUUAUGCUCACAAAUGAAGUUGAACAUGCCGAUCGAGAAGAACGUCUCACCACCAAGUGGAAGAAAGAUAUGGAUCACCUCCUAGACCUUUUACACUUCAAGGACUCUAAUUGUGGCGAGAAGCAUACACAAUCCCUCAAUAGUGCAGCUUCAGACUCUGGUACCUGGCUUCUUGAGACUCCGCUAUACAAGAAUUGGCGAGAUUCGUGGGGUGUCGACCCUACUUCGCUUUUCUGGCUCAAUGGAGAACCGGGUUCUGGAAAGACCGUUUUAACGUCCUUUGUGAUUGAGGAUCUCCAGCAUGAGAAGAAAAACAAACGCGACGGCUCUAGAUUGUUAUCAUUUUUCUGCGAUUAUACAUCUCCAGAGAAAAGUAAAGCGAAAUACCUCUUUGAAUGUCUUUUGGGCUAG